CCCCUUUCCCACCUUUUCCCACCUUUCCCACGCGAUCGCGACGGCCACCAGCAGCGCUGAGCCGGACCUUUAUUUUUAGUGGGCUCUUUUUGUACAGGAGGGUACCUACCCCCCCAAAGAACCCAAAGCAGCCCAAGCCUCUCAAAGCCCCCGCCUCUCAAGCCCCCUAUCAAAGAAAGUUACUGGAUUGGACAAGAGACACCCCCGAAAAUCAAUAGCGGGUAAAAAAAUAACAACUACCAAGUACCUAGGAACUGGCACAAAGUACCACCACACAGGAGCACAGGAGUAAAAAGAAGACGGGAAGGGAGCCCACAAUGGCUUCUACGGCAACAUCUUUUCAUCCUCCACCGAGACGUACUUUGUCUCGGUCUCCUAGAAAAUCUGGUAUCGCUACAGCUUCUACUCCAAAUCUUAAUAGCGUCUAUACUACACAUUCAAGACUUAUUCCAAGCACGAGCGCUCUUGCGCGCAAAGCUUCAUUUGCUGCUUUAACCCCUGGCACUCUUGCUACCAUUCCUGAUGACAGCGAAAGCUACGCCAUAUCCUCCGUCCUUUCUGACUCAUCGCGCAAAAUGCCUCCAGUCACGCCAGCUAAGGGCGCCGGCUCGGCCGAUGAUUUCGCCCUAGGUGAUACUGUCGAUGUUCCUGGCAAUAUGACCGGAGUCAUCCGCUUUGUCGGUUCUGUUGCCGGAAGGAAAGGCGUUUUCGCUGGCGUAGAAUUACAUCCUGAUUAUGCAGCGCGCGGCAAGAAUAGUGGCGAUGUCGAUGGUGUAUCCUAUUUCAAAACUUCUGCGCCCGGUUCUGGUAUAUUUGUCCCCAUCAGUAAAUUGAAUAGCCAACGCGACGCGCCGCCCACACCAUCCAGUUCCUAUUCCAUCACACCCCAAGGAUUGAAGGUCGCAAACCAGAAUGCUGUUAACUACACGCCACCGACUCCGUCGCUGUCCACGUUUAGCAAAUCCCUUGGACCUUCUAGAGCCCCGAGCCCGGCGACCAAAAAAAUUAGAACGUCUCUCCCACGACCAGAUUCACCCGUUCGUAGGCUACAGUUAACACCGGCGCCCCGGCAAUCGAUGGUGACACCAGGACCGAAGACCGGAAUACCCCCUCGAUAUGGAACACCCUCUGUUUCUCGAUUCGCGUCAAGCGUGCGAGGCACAUCCGGAGAUCCUAACAAGGCAUCAAGGUUGGAUAGAAAACCAAGCAUAGUACCUAGGAGUGCAUCGGCUUUAGGCCAGACUUCCAACUUCGACGAGGAUGAGGCUAGACCUCUUGUUUCGCGUACCAAGACCAACGGAAAUGGGAGUGUGGGAUCGGCCUCGUCUUUCUCAUUCAAACGCCCUGCAUCUCGAGCAGCUCACGUGAACGAGGAGGAGGUCGAGCGGCUCAAGGUCCAACUAGAAGACCGAGAUCGUCAAUUAAAGGACCAAGCCUCUACUCUAGCUGAGAUGGAAAGCAGUCUCUCGGAACUUACCAUGUUAAUAGACCAGUCAGAUGCUGGGAGAAUGCGAGCGGGUAGUUUGGACGAUAAGGAUUCCCCGCAACUUCGCGCGAUGCUUAGGGAGAAGAACGAGAAGAUUGCCAUGCUCACUUCUGAAUUCGACGCCCAUCGAGCAGACUUCCGCAGUACUAUCGAUACGCUAGAGAUGGCUAGCACAGAAACUCAGAGGGUCUACGACGCCAAGAUUCGCGAACUAGAACAGGAUCUCCGUGACGCGCAGGAGCGACACGAAGAUGUUGAUAGCGUUGCGCGUCAACUCAAACAGCUUGAAGAAUUGGUUCAGGAACUUGAAGAGGGUUUGGAAGAUUCUCGUCGGGGCGAGGCGGAAGCUCGUGGCGAAGUAGAGUUCUUGCGAGGAGAGGUCGAGAGAACCAGAUCAGAGUUGCGGAGGGAGCGCGAGAAAGCUGCUGCAGCCUUAAAUGGAGAUGGUCCGGGAGAAGACAAAUUAUCUAUGUCGAAAGAGCUUGAGCAGAAAGAAGAUGAGAUUAGAGGUCUCAAGGCCAUCAUUCACUCCCUUAGCCGGGACUCCGUUCCCGGCUCGGAAAAUUCUCCAGACAAGACGCCUACACGUAACGGUUCAUUCGUCAAGUCUCGCCCAGACUCGAUCGACAACCGCCUAGCGAAAGAGAAGUUGGAACGAGAGGUCUUCGAAUUGCACAGCCUUAUCGACAACAAAAACCUACGAGAAGAGGAACUAGAGCGCGAGAUUGAGUCUCUCCGACGUAACAGCGCGUCAACCAACCGUGUUAGCUCCACGACUAUUAGUAGCGCUCACCGAUCGUCAUACCGCGACUCUAAGGGAACCGUCAUUCUUGCGCGCGAGCCACACUCCCCCGAGGUCACUCAUAAGCGAAAACCAACCUUAGACACCAUGCCCGAAAGUGAUGCCUACUCAUCAGUCACAGAGACCAGCACGCUCUGGUGCGAGAUAUGCGAGACCAGUGGGCACGAUAUUCUUACCUGCACCAACAUGUUCGGGCCUCAAAACGAACCCAACAAGGUUGCUAACGGCGAGCAUAAGACAGGCAAGGACGUCGUUAGAGAAAGUUUCAAGAAUCUUUCGUUUGUCAGCGAAGAGGAUACACCUCGUCCUCUAUCUCCGAUAAAGCCUAAGGUUAUGCCAGCACCCCCUACAGUAAAGAUUCUACCUAGCCCACAGGAUUCGGCACCGUUGGCUGGCAAAGACAGCGGGGUGGUGGACAUAGAAAAGUGGUGUGCUUUAUGUGAGCGUGACGGACAUGACAGCAUUGAUUGCCCUCUAGAAGAUGCAUUUUAAUGGGUGUCACGGUCUCCGAUACGACUCGACGACCAAAAUAUGUGAGGGAGCAUUUGCGAAAAAAAGAGAUACCCGGAUGCUC